AAAACCAAUGCCACCCAAAUAGCGCCGCGCCCAAACUGAAAUAUUUUUCUGCUGAAUAUGGCGCCAUAUAUAUACAUACAUACACCCAUCUCUCUUUCUCAGCUCACUCUUCCCUCUCAACCCUCAACACCAUACACACACAGAGGAAAAGGGAGUAGCAAACAAUGGCAGAUCAAGAAAAUUUUGUUAGAGUUACAAGAUUGGCCAAGAAAAGGGCAGCAGAAGCAAUGGUUCAGCACUUGCAACAGCCCAACAAGAAGAGAGUUGUGUUGAGUGAGAUUCAAGAUUUGUUUAAUGUGGGUAUAAAUCAGAUUGAGGACAAGGUGUUUGCUUCUGAGCCUCUGAGACCCAAAUGUAAGCAGAUUACUAAGAGGAAGGUGAAAAGCUCUGAUGACCCACAGAUGUGUAGUGCUUAUGCUUCUGAUAUAUAUGAUUAUCUUCAUCAAAUGGAGAUUGAGAAAAAGAGAAGACCAUUGCCUGAUUACCUUGAGAAGGUUCAGAAGGAUGUGAGUGCAAACAUGAGAGGGAUUUUGGUGGACUGGUUGGUGGAAGUUGCAGAGGAAUACAAGCUUCUAUCGGAUACGUUGUAUCUUGCUGUUUCCUACAUUGAUAGAUUCUUAUCAGUGAGUGUCAUCCCUAGGCAAAGACUUCAGCUUUUGGGUGUUUCUUCGAUGCUUAUUGCUGCGAAGUACGAGGAAAUUAAGCCGCCAAAUGUUGAGGACUUUGCUUACAUUACAGACAACACAUUUACAAAGAAAGACGUGGUGAAUAUGGAGGCUAGUGUUCUACAAUCCCUCAAAUUUGAAAUGGGAAAUCCCACAACCAAAACAUUUCUCGGAAGAUUUACUAGGAUUGCCCAAGAAGGUUACGAAAACGUUGAUUUGCAGUUAGAGUUUCUCGGUUACUACCUAGCAGAGUUAAGUUUAUUGGAUUACAACUGUGUGAAAUUCUUGCCGUCUUUGGUAGCCGCUGCUGUGAUAUUCCUUUCAAGGUUCACAUUACAACCAAAGUCACAUCCUUGGAGUUUGGCCCUUCAACGUUGCUCGGGAUAUAGACCAGUGGAUCUAAAGGAAUGUGUUCUUAUCAUUCACGACUUACAAUUAAGUAGACGAAGAAGUAAUUUGUCAGCUGUGAGGGACAAAUACAAGCUGCAUAAGUUCAAAUGUGUGGCAACAUUGUCUUCUCCUCUCGAAAUACCAAACUCAUUCUUCGAAGAUACAAGACAAUGAUUUCUCGGGCUCUCGAGCAUAUGCUUGGAAAUUGUAACGAGAUGCUACGACGAUACGGGGAAGCUGGUUUAUGCUGAUCUGAGGGCACCAUUAACCUGAGUUUUCAUUUUAUUAGAUCAGGAAUAGUUAUUAAGAUAUAUGAAAGUUAUAGCAAGUAGCUAGUAAAAAUGAUGAUUCUUCUACAUGGUUGCAUUGAGUGAUGAUUGGAAUUUAGUACAGAGACAUUAUUUAUUCUUGUAAUAAGAUGAAUACAAUUAUCUAGAAUUUUUUGU